UGGCUACCAAUGGAUCUGGAUAGAUGUUGAAGAAACAAUCGGCCAUCUGAGACAAAAUCCACGUAUGAGGCCUACGUUGUCAUGAUGCCGAUCAAGAUGAUUCGACCACGAUUUCAAGAUGUCAUCUCAUUUCCCAGCCUCGCCAGGUGCACAGCCGGGAUGGCUGGGCUUCCAAUUUUGCUUUUGCAAGAACCCCAAGACCACAGAUUCCAGACUCCAUAAAACAUUUGUAUCUCGAAACAAUGCCCACAAUCCUCACCCCUCAAGGUUGGGUCAAGGUCGCAGCUCCCCCUCCUUCUCGACCCAAAAAGCGUGUCAAAUAUGAUCCCGUCCGCGCUCUCAAAGGGCCACUGUCAUAUCUAAGCUGUCAACCGCUACCACCAAGUCCCAACAAGAAAACGACCGGCAACAGACCGCAAUAUCCGUACGAUUUGGAUGUACCACCCGAGAAACUGGAACAGCAGUCGAGAACGCCUCGCCAGAGCAGCAGAGCCGCUUCGGCACCACACCAGGUCCAGGAGAUACAGUACAUCGACGAAGAAGACUACCUAGAGGAACUAGGACUUCAAGGUCGACUUACCGGAUCAGAGUCGUCCAGAUCGAGUAGGAGCGUGACGCCGCCGCCGCCAAAAUCGCCUUCGAGAUCUCAGCGCCAUGAGCACGACCACCAUCACAGUCCUCAGUCUGCCAGAUCAUACGCACGGCAUCGCCCUGUCGAGGCUGCUCCGCGACCGACGAGUGCGUAUCACCCGCAGACGCAAGGAGGUUCUCGCGACUACAACAACUAUUCGGCGCCGGGGUCGUUUGAGCGGCCACCGCCACCUUCGAAUGCGAGGAAUAUUUCCUAUGCAUGGUACAAUGCAACCACACCGUUGAAUUUGUGAUGAUAAUGGGUCGAUCUGGGGACGUCUUGUCAUGGGUCGGGAAAGUUUCCGCGCCAGAGAGCGUGUUGUAUUGUAGCUACACUUUGAGAUUGAAUGUAUACACAUAGGCACUGGGAGAUAUUUGAGAUCAAGUAUGGUUUCUUGAUUGACGUGUACAAAUUCACAAUGUACUUCUU